AUGAUCACUAUCACGGUCGGCCUUCAGGAUAUCCAGAACAAAGGACCGGAUUUGGAUGAGGACAGUGGUUCUGAUCUGGUCAACCAGAUUGGCAAAAAGCUAGAACAUAUUGCACGACUAAAUGAUUCACAGAAGACGGAUACCUUCAUCCGGGCCCAAAGUGGAGGAUUUAUACGAUGGCACAUUUUAAGUGCUGGGGAGACAAUCAUAUCCUCGACACACCGGGAUGGCUGUAUGGACGUAUUUUUUGCCUUGGUCACCCUUGAGGAUCGUUCAAGGGUGAUGCCUUUGGAUCUGAACAAGACACAACUUUGCCAGCUUGUUCGAGGUCUCGGGUCCGAUCUGGAGCAGCUUCAGAAACUGAAGAGGUCCCAGGUAGCUGAUAUCUGGUAUGGGCUUGAACAUGCUGGCUUUGUGGAACGUGGCUGUGUGGAAAGUUCUCAGGUGCAAGAAGUUAUCCAGGACAAUUUACAAGGGAACUGUAAUACUGAUGUAGUGCAACCCACUUUAUCACCUCCACUUGCCCUUUCCCUACCCAUGAGUGAUCCCACAACAUCAGACCCGGCAAACGAUACCCUACAAUUUGAUUUCGAGCAUGAUUCAUGGACUCUGUGGACAGACGACAUGUACGCCUGUGGUGACUAUCCAGGCAGUGUGUUUGACACAGCCUUGGGCACUCGUACACCUGACAAUAGCGCGGUUCCCAUGGCGUUGAAUAUGAUUCCUCUCGUUAACCCUCACCCUGUCUCCGGAAUAUCUUCGCCUGCAGAAACCACCUCUACACCUGGACUCCACCAGAGUGUUUCCAGCUACUCGACACCCUCUACUACAUAUGUUGACUCUCCACAUAUGGGGGAGCAACUCCUUCCGGGACUAGGGGCCACCAUGCUCAACCAGGCAGUCAAGAGGAAGAGACGAGACAGUGACCAAUCGAUGCAGUCAAAGUCAACAGCGGUCAAGUUGAAUCCGACGAUCUUCCAGUUGCUGCAAUCUUGUGCAUUUUACAAAGUGGACAAGCCUGAGGAGGAACGUUUUCAGAAAGCCCUGAGUAUCCUUAAGGCGGAAGUCCAUCUUUUCAUGGACCCUUGCGGAAUGCUUCAACCCUUAUUGGGUGGGCGGGACAAGAACAUGUUGCUCAGUUUUCAUGCACUCGGCCUCCCUGCUGUCUGGAGAGGCAAAGAAGGCGCUGUGGAUUACAUCCGCCUACUUGACAGACAUGCGUCCCAGUCGUGUCUUCAUCCCAUCGCGGAGCGUAUUGCACAGGUAUUACUCUACUUCAAUUAUAAGGAGCUCUGUAAACAUCCGCAAAAAUACCUCCCCCCUGGGUCAAAGCCGAACGUCACCUCUGUACUUAACUGCAUCGUUGAUGCCUAUCAUGAUGAUCCCCGCAAGUCAAUGCCACUGCAAUCUCGUCGUAAUAGGAUAUCUGGUCACCAUGUGCGAGGAGGCAGGAGGUGGUGGGAUUUGGCAGGGACCUGGGGAGCGGGCAUUUUAUUAACAGGAGACGCUUUGUUGAUGAGUAUCAUGUGUAAUGACUCGUUUUCCAUUCUUCAAACUAAUGCUCUUGUCACUUUCGUCUUGAACACUCGACCGGGCACCAUUCGCAUCUUCCGUGCGUUGGAGCCUGUGGUCAAAUCCCUUAUGUUUGAACAGGUUACAGACGACCUUACGGCACUUUUCAAUGAUGAAUCUGGCCUUUUGGGGCAAAAUGAGUUGACCCAUGCUCAUGCUGAGGAUGAGGCGGCGUUGGCAUGCCAGCGGAUUGAAAAUCCUUGGACAGAGAUUGACGCCAAUGAAUGUGCGAUGGCGAAAAUGCGUGAAUUUGUUAACGUGCUGACCAUGUAG